AUUUCGAUACGAUUCGAUUUCGGUUUGGCAAUCGUCUGGAGGAGGUAAACAGGCAUAAAUUGGACGCUCUAGCAUAAACAAAGCAAUAGUAUUCAGAGCAGAAAAGAGAUCGUCGGCAGUCGAGAAUGUCUCUUCGAAUGGCGCAGUUCGGCGUUUUGGAAUUCGUCCUCCUUAUCUUCUCGUUGACCCAUGGAUCAUGGGGAUUUCACGAGGAGACGCAUUAUCCGUGUGCCUUCAUCGACACGGCAAAUAUCACGGGUAGCUACGGUUUGGAUGGCGCCUAUGUGCACAAUUGGACAGUGAUUCCCCGCCAAUUUGUGGCCGUUUACGAUUUUGUCAUCGAGAAUGGUUUGAGGAAAGCGGCACCGCGACAUCUGAGGGGCUGCAUCUGCAAGGCGAAACCAUGUGUGCGGUUUUGUUGUGAGGAGGGCUAUAUCUACGAUCUGGAGAGGAGACAGUGUUUAGUGCCAUCAAAUGCGAUUCCUCCUUCCCAGUUCCAAAUGGAGGUGGAGUUGAACGAUGGCAAAGUGAGGGAGGUAGAACUGCUGUCGCGUUUCAGCAUCCAUGUGGAAACGCCGUGUGAGCACAUGAAGGCAGUCACCAAGGGAUCGGAGUACGUUCAUUGGACACUUCACGAGAACGGAACCAUCAGCCAUCGGGGUCACAUUUUCUCCAAGCACUAUUGCUUCACUCCGCUGCUCCACUCGAACUCCACUUGGGAGUGGCAACCGCUGGCCUGUGCCCCAGAAAAGUUUCAAUUUGUUCUCGGUGUGCGGGAAUGGACCUACGCCAUAUGCCUCUUGAUUGCGAUUCUAUCCAUGUUUAUUGUGCUGGUGGUCUACCUUUUGUGCUCCGAGAUGCGCAACAGUUUCUACGGUGUGGCCAUCAAGGCGUACGCCAUCUGUAUGAUACUGGGCUAUGCACUCUUGGCUUAUUUGACUUUGCACAACCCAGCAAAUAUUUCAAAUGCAGCUUGUCGUAUUCUACCCGGUUUGACUCUGAUGUACUUGGUUCUUUCCUUUUACAUUCUGAGCUUCAUUGCCUUUAAGCUCUACUUGAGUUUCCAUGGCGUGGUCUUCACGAAACUGAUGUUUUGGCUCAUCUUCACACCGAUUGUUAUAAUCGCAGUGGGUUGGUCCUUUUUCGUUAGCUUUACUUACUACGAAUCUCGGCUGAUUUUUGGAAGCGAUACAUGCUGGUUUGAUCCUCGCAAUUGGUCCAUUAUGAUCUACUUGUACGCUCCCGUUUUUGUUGCCUGUGCCAUCAGCGGCUUCUUCUAUAUCCUCAGUCUGAUCUACAUCAGUGAACAGCCGGAAAUCGAAACAGAGAAGAGUUUCGAGUCCAUUGAGAAGAAUCGCUUUAGGUCCUUUUAUAAGUACGUCGGUUACACGGCGAUUGUGUGGCUCGUUUGCAUCUGUUCCUUUGCAUUCAACUACUAUCGGGAGAAUCGAUCGCAUCUCAACUACGCCGUGAGUUUCUCCAUGGCCUUCCAUGGAUUUGCUGCGCUUUAUGCAUUAAUUGGAAAGAAUCAACAGAUCCAAAACUUUCUGCGACGCAUAGAUAAUGAGGAGGACACCUGUGAAAACUCAGCUCCUUUGUCGAGUUUCGGUUGA